AUGACGAGUAAUGUUCCUCAGGGAAUGCUGUUUGGCCCAUUGUUGUUUGUUAUUAAUAUUCAUGGUUUGGAUGAGAAUGUAAAAGACAUGAUUAAUAAGUGUGAGGACGACGCCAAAAUAGACAGCAUUGUGGACAGUGAGGAAGGUUGUCAAACAUUACAGCAGGAUUUUGAUCAGCUGACAACUAGGAGGUUACUGCAGCAAUCACAUUGGUUUGUGUCCCAGGAUCAAUCAUCUUCAUCUUCUUUAUCACUGAUCAUUCCGUCAUCAGAAAUUCAGAAGUGCAUGAUGAACAAUGAUGAUUACACAAUGAGCAUCACCAUCCAGAACUUGUCUGGAACUGAAAGCGGAAUGACUUUGCCAUUGCUGAAUCUAUCUCCCACAGUCAAUCGCUUGAACUCUACCAUUGACCAGAAGCAAGAAGAGUCAGACAUGCCAGUUAGCUACAUUUCUACCUGUGUCUGCCUGAGCAAUAGAAAGGAAUAUCCAUCAUUUUUUCGAACAAUACCGAGUGAUUACUAUCAGGCUCGAGCAUUAGCCCAACUCGUGAAACAUUUCGGAUGGACCUGGAUUGGGACAGUUAAGAGCGAUGAUGAUUAUGGAAACUUUGGAAUGCAAGCAUUUGAAGAGGCAGUCCAACAAUUACGCGUUUGCGUAGCCUUCUCGGAGACGUUUAACUUCACGUACACUCGAGAGAAGUUACUGAAAACAAUUGACACCAUAAAAACAUCAUCCACAAAAGCUGUUGUUGCGUUUGUGGGUGAAUUAGACAUGCGUACUCUGCUAAAAGAAAUGCUUAGACAAAACGUCAGCGGCAUACAAUGGAUUGGAGGCGAAUCAUGGGUUUCCACGUUGCUUCUUUCUCCGAAGGAAAGUAAAAAGAUUGGAUCUGGUGUAAUUGGGGUUGCAAUUCCCAAAGUCGGCAUACCACGGCUGAGGGAAUUCCUGAUGAAUGUUCAUCCAUCCUCGCAUUCGGGGAAUCCCUUGGUGAAAAAGUUUUGGGAAAGUUGUUUCGGCUACACUCUAAGUGGUGGAAACAAAACAGAUACUCGGAAAACUGAUUCAGAUCUUAAGGAAUGCACGGGGAGAGAAAAUUUACAGAACAUCCGAAAUGAAUUUACUGAUGUGUUGCAGUACAGAGUCACCUACAACGUGUACAAAGCAACUUAUGCGAUAGCUUAUGCGCUUCACAACAUGGUGUCAUGCAAAAAUGGGCAAGGACCCUUCUCCAACGGGAGUUGUGCGAAUGUUUCAAAUUUUCAACCGUGGCAGCUCCUUUAUUACAUGAAGACAGUGAAUUUCGUAACCAAGAACUGCGAAAAAGUUUGUUUUGAUGAAAAUGGAGACCCGGUCGCAACAUAUGACAUUGUAAACUGGCAACCAAAUGCCUUCGGUGAUAUUGAAAUUGUAAAUGUUGGGCACUAUGAUGGGUCAGCUCGAUCUGGUGAAGAAUUUUCGAUAAGAGAAGAGGCAAUUGUUUGGAGUGGCGAGCAGAAGUUGUUUCCUAAAGUUGUUUGCUCUGAAAGCUGUCAUCAAGGGACAAGGAAAGCAGGAAGAAAAGGACAACCCAUUUGCUGUUUUGAUUGCAUAAAAUGUGCACAAAAUGAAAUUAGUAACAGAACUGGUAAGGAAGCACCAUUGCAAAGAGCAUUGCUGUUUCAGAUUGAUGCCUGCAUUUUACGGGCGCAGGACCGGUGCAUUCCAAAGGAAAUCGAGUUUCUUUCGUUUUUCGAGACAUUGGGCACCAUUCUGGUGUCCCUGGCGUUGUUGGGAGCCUGCGCCACUGUCGGUGUAUGCGCAAUAUUCUACAUCUAUAGACACACUCCGAUUGUUAAAGCUAAUAACUCUGAGUUAAGCUUCCUUCUUCUUUUUGCCUUGACGCUUUGCUUCCUGUGUUCAAUCACAUUCAUUGGUGAACCUUGUAUGCUCAGCCACGUAGCGUUUGGUAUUAGUUUUGUUCUUUGCAUAUUUUGUGUAUUGAGUAAAACAAUAGUGGUGGUGAUGGCAUUCAAAGCAACGUUUCCUCACAAUAAUAUGAUGAAGUGGUUUGGACCAAGACAACAACGGCUGAUGGGUUACGUUCUUACCCUGGUACAAUGCGCAAUAUGUACUGCCUGGUUAAUUGCAUUUCCACCUUAUCCUUUGAAAAACACUGUUCACUCUAAUGAGAUAAUUGUCUUUGAAUGCCAUGUAGGGUCUUUGUUCGCCUUCUAUUGCGUACUUGGUUAUAUUGGAUUUCUGUCCUGCGUGUGCUUUGUAGUCGCAUUUCUAGCUCGCCAACUUCCACAUAACUUCAAUGAAGCUAAAUACAUAACGUUUAGCGUGCUUAUUUUUUGUGCAGUUUGGAUAACUUUCAUUUCAGCAUAUAUAAGUUCGCCAGGCAAAUAUGCUGUGGCUGUUGAAGUCUUUGCGAUUUUGUCUUCGAGUUUUGGACUACUUAUUUGUAUUUUUGUCCCAAAAUGUUAUAUUAUUCUUUUGAAGAAAGAAAACAACACAAAGCGAAACAUGAUGUCCUCAGUGGCUUCCAACGAAUUCUUCGAACGCGUUCGUAAAUGA